CUGGAUGCUGAGAACAAAAUGCCCAACCUUACCUCCACAUCUGAAUUUCUGCUGCUGGGAUUUUCAGACAUCCGAGAACUACAGAUCUUACACUUCUUUGUGUUCCUCACUGUAUACCUGACUGCAGUGACUGGCAAUCUUCUAAUCAUCAUUGCUGUAGCUCUUGAUCAUCAUCUGCAUACCCCUAUGUACUUCUUCCUAAUGAAUUUGGCGAUUCUGGAUCUUGGCUCUGCUUCUUUCAUAAUACCCAAAGCUAUGGCCAAUUCUCUACUGAACAGCAGGUCAAUUUCUUAUUCAGGAUGUGUAGCCCAAGUUUUCUGCUUGUUCCUAUUUGUAGGGGCAGAUUUCGCCAUCCUUACAAUAAUGGCACAUGAUCGGCAUAUUGCUAUCUGCAAUCCAUUGCAAUACGAGACAAUUAUGCAUAAAAGAGCCUGCAUUCAGAUGGCUGUAAGUGCAUGGAUUACCGGUAUAGUUUAUGCUGCAUUACACACCAGUUGCACUUUUUCCAUCACCUUCUGUUCCAACAUGAUUAAUCAAUUCUUCUGUGAAGUUCCACAGUUACUAAAACUUUCCUGUUCAAACUUAUAUCUAGUUGAAGUGGGACUUCUUAUAUUUGGCUGUACCAUAACUGGAGGAUGUUUUAUCUACAUCAUUAUAACGUACAUACAGAUUUUUGCAACAGUACUCAAAAUGCCUUCCGUGCAUGGUCAGAAAAAAGCCCUCUCCACUUGCCUUCCCCACCUCACUGUGGUGUCUCUGCUUGUAUUUAGUGGAAUUUUUGCCUAUGCGAAGCCUCCCGGUAGCACAUCUUCUGAACUGAAUGUGAUUUGUGCUGUGAUUUAUGCUAUAUUACCUCCACUACUGAAUCCAUUCAUCUAUAGCAUGAGAAACAAAGAAAUUAAAAGUGCAUUUUUGAAGCUCUCUGUUUUGGGGCAUUUUUUUUCCAAAACUGGCUCCUGCAAAAUUCAUUAG